UCAGCGGCCAGGCACGCGUUUACUCCCAAGGACAAGGUUAGGUCGAGCGCACGGUACGGUACCGGUACCUAUCGUGUAUUACCCGGUAGGCCUACCUGUACUGUCAUACCACAGUAACAGCAUAGGGAUGGACGCGCAAGACAGACGGAUAAACACGAUUUUCUUUAUACCCUACCGGUAGUACGGUAACCGCCUGGCGGUAUGGUACGGUACCGGUACUGCACCAGUACAACUGCAAGGAGACCUACGAUACCGGUCUUAAAAUUCUAUUGGCGGUCAGCCGAUAGGUACCGGUACCGCAGGAUUUCACAGUCUGACAUGCGGCUUCGUACAAGACAAUCACGGAAUCCAGGAAUCAGUGGUGGGAUGUAACAACUGAUCCUUACGGUACUGCUUUAAGACGAAGAAUUCAUAAUGUCUGAAAACAAAGUUUUGGCAAUCGAAUUAGAGACUUGGGCUAAGGAACAAAUGGGUUUCUCAUCGAUUGUGAGAUCGGACAAGAGGGAGAUUCAAACCGAUUUGAUUCCUGUCUGUAAAGGAACAGCAAUGAUGAGUCUUUGGAAGGAUGUAAUAAAUGUGAUAAAGUCUAAAAAAUCUGCGGGUGACAUUCGUAAAAACCUAAUUUUAGAAAAUCUUAUGGCCGAAGCAUUACGAUCAUAUACAACAGUUGAAGAAAACUUGAGGGAAUCUACAGCAUUAGAUAAAGAAAUUGAAUCGCUGGAACUUCAACUUCAAAGCUACAAAGAAGAUUUGCAGGAUAUUGAUUUGAAAGUAAAAGCAGUCAAAGAUGAUGUGAAGUCAAAUCAGAUGAAAGCUUGUUUACAUCGUAAUUCCAGCGGAUAUCUGAGGCACAAAAACUUUAUGCUAAAAUCUUAUCAAAAAUGGAUUAGUGAACUUUGCGCUACUUAUUUUAAGCACAAUGAGGACACAGAGCCUCGAUCUUGCAGUCUAGCAUUGAACAAACUUUUCUCACAAUUAGAAAAUGACCUAAAAUCAAAAGAGUUGAAUUCAACUAAAAAUCAUGAUAAAAUUGAUAACCAAUGGUGUUUCAUUCGUGAAUUGAUGCAAAAAUUUGCUUCAGAUGUGAUUGCCUGUAAUUUUCAGCAACUCGUAGAUUCAUCAACAGCCGUAAUUGUUGAAGAAGAAAAAGCUAUACAUUUGCAGGAAGAAUUGGAUGGUUUAAGAGCUAAAUAUGGAAUUGAAGACACAACUGAAAAACAAAAUGCUCUAGCUACAGUUCAGAAUAUGCUUCAAAAUUGGGAACUCGAAUGCGUACAAGUUCUCACGCAGUGUUUGAAUAGUGAAAGGAAUGCAGAGAAUAUGUUGUUGCAAGCUGAAACUGAAAGAAAUUACAUUAUUCAAAGCUUUCAAGCAGAAUACAAUCUUUCACCAACAAUUCUACAACUAUUAAUUGAUGACCUUGAUACCAAGGUCGAGUUUGCUAGUGUUCAAGGUUGCCUUCGAUCAUUUCAAGCUUCUUUUGCUAGAUUGCAUCGUGAUAUUAAAAUGAAAACAGAUGAACAUAACCAACUAAUGAAGUUGAAGAAUGAAAUUGAUGGCUUUUCUGAAAGCCUUGCUGUUCAUCAAACAAAUAUUAUUGAAAUUAUAAAACAUAAUUCAACAGUCAAGUCAAAGAUACAAGAACGCCAGUCUGAAGUGAUCAAUGCAGCGAAAACUUGUAUUAUUGCGAAACGACAAUGGCUUAAUCAGAGUUGCACUGAUUUACUAUCAGUUAUGCAUACUUGUUGCUCCUUUUUGGGACAUGCAGAUGUAAAUAAAAUUCGGAGGAUAAUGUUAGAUAAUACGGGUUUGACGCCACUCUGUCAUUUGGGAAUAUAUACCUCCAAUAGCUUAUCUUAUCGAAAGUGUGGGCAUUCACUGCGAUUUUCCGGCCACAGAGCUCCAAGUUCAUUAUUGCAAAGGAUUUCAGAUAUUAAACAUGAAAUUGCUCGAGCCGAGAAUCUUCAGCAGGAAAAUUCUGACUUUUCUUCAAACAUGACUGAAAAAUGUUGCCAUGUGACUAAUCUAGCUAAGAGAGUAGAAGGGAUUUCAGAAGAAACCACUGAGUCGAUUUGUAGGAAAUAUAAAACUGGCAUGGGUGUAACUAAAGAUGCAUUAACUAAGACUCAAACAUUAGAAUCAAUGAUUAAAUCAUGGUAUGAGCAGCCUGCCCAAUACCAGACACCUUGGGUAACUGCUAAUGGUAUGACAUGGGAAGAAUAUAGAAACAAGCUUGAAAAGCUAUAAAAUACAAUUCUUAUUUUUAUGUUUUUUGAUAAGCGCAUGAAUCUUUGAAUGGUUUUCAAACAGAAAAUCAGUAUUUGUGUCAACCUUUAAAUAAUGACACAUUUCAUAAUUUUGCUUGACUUAAAACUGAAGUACGGUAGUCAAAAAUGUGGUGUGUGCUCAAAAUUAUUCUUUCGUAUUGAACCCUGAAAUUGAUAGAGCUUGGUUGCAUACCAAGUGUAUCUAUGGAUUGCUGCUAAAUAGUUUUUGUUGGUUUCCUCUUUGCAAAUAAUUGAUGAAUACAUUUUAAUCUUUUUAGUGCUUGAAGAUGGAUGGAGGUUAUUGGGACCUCCGGAAGUAUGCACACCAAGAUGGCGCACAACCUGAACUCAGGUUGUGUACCAGGUCAGGGUUCAGGCUGUGCGACAUCUUGGUGCGCAUACUUCAGGAGUGCCGGUUAUUGCUUGUAUUUUUACAAAUUUAGUACUUUGAGGCCUGAUGAUUCACCCAAAAUAAUUUUUCUGAUUUUUUUCAAUUCGAAUGCAAACCUCCACACAUCGUUUGUUAUGAUAAUUCUAUUACUAUUCCAUAUGACAUUCAGCACAAUUCUUUUGACAUUUUGCUGACAUUGCGGUAACUGUAAUACAUAAACUGAGAGUUCCUUAAGUACUAUACUUCCCACAUCUCUAUAGUUCCGAGACCACCUGAGUGGCAGUAUCAAAAUGUAAUGAAGAAUUGUUGGCCAGCAUUAUAAAAUGUAUUUUGGCCACAUAAGCUAUCAUUAUAUUUUUCACAUAGAAAAGGGACAACCCGUUUUUUAAAUAGGUAUAAAAACUUGCAAACAAAUGUUCAUUUAAUAUGCCGAAUUGUAAAUGUAUCAUAUCUAUAUUUUUGUUUGUUAUUUUCCACUAG